GUGAAGUGUGGUGAGCUCGUCUGAGGAAGGGAUGGAAGUGGUGUCUUCAGGGGUGAUGUGAUGGAAAAAGCGGGUGCGGGACGGGGCGGGCGCGGGCGCGGGCUGGUGAUGGGGGUGGAGGAGUUGAUCGUGGUGAAGCAUGCAAGAGAGGAGAUCAGCAAGGGGUAUGUCGGGUUUGUGGGCGAGGGCGAUUACAAGGUCUUUGUGACAUACUCGUUUGAUGCGGGAGAUGAACGCAAAGUCGGGAAUGACGGUGGUGGGGAGGUGGUGGCGGAGGGAGCGGACAUAUUGGACGAAGCGGUCCGUGGGACCGGUCUGACGGAGGUGGCAAAAUUUGUGCUGGAUGCGCCGGAUGAGGGAGGAGGUGGGGAGAACGAAACGGUGGUGGAGGUUGAAGGGUUGGUGGAUGUGGUGGUAGAGGUGGUAGGAGUGGAGGAGGUCGGCGGGGGGGUGUUGCUGGAGGCGGUUGUGGAGGAGGGAGUGGUUUGCGCUGUGGAGGAGGGAGUGGUUUGCGCUAUGGAGGAUGGAGGUGCGGCCGUGGUGACGACCGUGAUGGACGGGUUGUCCCCUUCGAGCGCGGUGACGCGGUCGGAUAUGGACGACAUGGUGGCCUUUAUGUCGUCCGGUGAUGGAGGUUUGGAAGGUGUUGAGUGCGUGGAGGAUGGUGGAGAGGUCGGGGGUGGCGGUGUUUGUUGGUGGUUGUUCGCCUGCGAGGUUGUGGGCGAUGCUAUCGACCGAGUCGGUGCGGAUGUCCAACCUGUUGAUGGAGGAUGCGGUCAUGUCGGGGGAAGAGGGGGUGGAGGACGCGGCCUGAACGGAGGUGGAGGAUGCAGCAGCAGCGGUGGCGGCGGCAGCAGCGGCGGCGGCGGCGGCGGCGGCAGCGGCAGCGGCGGCGGCAGCGGCGGCGGCGGCGGCGGCAGCGGCGGCGGCACGUUGGGAGUUCUUGGUUUGGCGUGGUGGCAUGCAGAGGUGGGGAGGGCAAUCCCUUAUUUAUUUAUCAAUAAAUUCAAAAAUAAAGAUAAUUGCCAAGAUUUCUUGGAAAGUAGGGAAUUAAUAUUGAAUAAAUAAAUUUAUUCCAAUUGGAAUUUUAUUUAUUCGAAAUUAAUUUGGGUCGAACAAAAUUUUGAAGGAUCC